AAAUGCGCGGAACGGGACGUCGACAGCUAGAUGAGGUCAGUGACGGAGGUUGUUCGAUUGUCGCGCUAUUUCUGAAUGAGAUACAUUCAAGAACAAAUUGGGGAGAUAUUCGAGGAAACGAUGUGAAUAACAUGAUACAUGUACUUGUACAGACUUUGAGGCCGACACUCAAAUGUACUUCAGAUGUCGUUUUGGACUUUAUGUGGCUUGUGAAUGUGUAGUGCCAAGAUGCAACAACUUUCAAGGGUGAAAUCUUCACUAAGCCUGCAGCCCCAAUCGUGCUUGAAAAGUUUCACUGAUUGGGUAGGGGCUGUGGUUGCCAUGACUGCCGCCAUCAGUGGGAACCAACGCCACAACAAUAUGCAUCCAUGCACCAUGAAAGGCACAGCAGUCUGCAAAACGUACAAUGCUUUUGUCUGUAGUAAAAAAUCUCUCCUGUUGGGAUGGCGAAGAUACUCUGCGAGACUGAAAUACACAAAAGCAAAGAACUUCUCAAAGUUGGUCCACUCCAAAACAGUACUGCCCAUUGCUCCUGGUAGGACUUCAACGGUUUUGUCAGGUCGUGCGAUACGUGUAGGCAAGUCGUCAUCCAUGCUGCACGACUACUGCGCUGGGAGCAUCCUCAGUCCAUCAAAUACCCAAAGACUUGCAAGCCCCAAGCCAUGGACAUCUCCACCGAGACAGGGCUGCAUCCCCGACAGAACACUCAGCACUUCUAGCACGUCGGCACCAACGCGCACGACGUUCAACUCGGUGGAGGAGGUACAGGUGCCCACAUUGACCGAUAUGAAGCGGCACCUGAAGAAUGCGGAAAUUGAUUUCCAGACGGGCUAUACCUGCUUGAUGGCGGCCUGCCCGUUCUGCCGUGCCGCAAGUGCAGAUUCACAUCGCAGAGAUGCUCAAACAAUGUACAUCAACAUGACAACUGGCCACUGUGUCUGCCAGUGCACCCGGGUCAGUGGCAGUUGGCAGAGCCUCCAGGACAGCAUGGCCGUGGCCCAGCAACGAGGCUGCCCGGACCCAUCCUCCUUCCCGAAUCCCACUGCCACUGCUGAUGAGGGGGACGUGAGGGGUCACAGGUUGGGCCUGGCCAGGGUCCAGGAGGUGUGGGAAGGAGCCAUGGAGCUGAGCUUGUGCAAGGGAGCCACAAUUGACCGGCUGCGGGCCACCAUGGGCAUAGAGCAAAUCCCAAGGGACACUCUGGAGCAAUUCAAUAUAAAGUAUUGCAAGAAACAGCGGGCAUUCGUUCUGCCCUUAUACGGUCACAACAAACAGCUGCAAGGGGUCAAAGUGCUAGAGGUCAAGAAGGUCAAGGAGGGAUUUGAAGUCGCCGAGAUGCUGUACCCAAGACGUGACCAGAGCGGCUUGUUUGGUUACCACCUCAUUGGCCCACGGGAUGGAGAGAUGGUCCUGGUAGCCGGUGUCUUAGAUGCUCUAGCUGUCCAUCAGAUGACUGGAGGGACAGUACUCGCUCUUCCUAAUGGCAGUGCGUCCUUGCAGCAAGAGCUUCUCCCACUGUUGGAGCAGUUCCACAAGAUCACCCUCUGGUUUGGCAACGACAUGAGGUCUUGGGAGGCCGCUAAGCAGUUUGCUCGCAAGCUGAACACAAAACGCUGCUACUUCAUCAGGCCUCUGGAUUGCCACCCGCCAGCCCUGGUGGCCCUACAACAGGGAUUGAGUCUGGGGAGCAUCCUCAAGCAGGCCAACCCCGUCAGUCACAAGUCCAUUGUGUCCUUCCGGUCGCUGCGGGAGGAGGUGCUCGGGGAGUUGUCUCAUUCAGAGCAAGUGGCCGGGGUGAAGUGGAAGCGAUUUCCUUUGAUGAACAAGUUGCUGAAGGGUCAUCGGCGUGGAGAACUGUCGGUGUUUACGGGGCCCACAGGGUCAGGGAAAACCACCUUCAUGGCUGAGUACUCCCUAGAUCUCUGCACACAAGGGGUCAACACACUUUGGGGAAGUUUUGAAAUCCAGAAUGUUCGUCUAGCCAAGGUCAUGUUGACACAGUUUGCACAAGUCAACUUAGAGAAGAACCUGGACAAGUUUGACAAGUGGGCAGACAAAUUUGAGAUGUUGCCUCUCUACUUCAUGACAUUCCAUGGCCAGCAGACACUAAAGGCCGUUAUUGAGGCUAUGUCCCACGCUGUGUAUGUGCACGACAUUGAGCAUGUCAUAGUUGAUAAUUUGCAGUUCAUGGUGGGCUAUUCCGACAAGCAGUUUAUGUUGGAGCGCUUCGCCAUGUACGACCACAUCAUUGCCGCCUUCCGCAAGUUUGCCACUAACAACAACUGUCACGUGACUGUCGUCAUCCAUCCAAGAAAGGAGAACGCCUCAGAGGAGCUGCAGACUGCCUCCAUCUUUGGCAGCGCCAAGGCCUCCCAAGAAGCCGACAAUGUCUUUAUCCUCCAGGACCGUAGGCUGACCGCGCUCAGAGGCCGCAAGUACAUCCAGGGUUCCUGAAACUUCUGAGAAACUCUUAGAACUCACCUCUGAAUACUUCUCAAGCAGUUGCAAGUACUUGUGAAGCACUCAUCUACAACUGUGGUAAUAAUCCCCCUCAAAGGGCAAAUGAAAGGUGCCAGUACUUGUACAUGACAAAUGAUUUGCUGUGGCUGAUUGUAGUACACACGGCCGGCUAUGGAAGCUCCAAGCUAGUGGCUUUUAUGCAUUUCUUAUAGGUGCAUAUGUAAUAUCCCGCCCAAGCCAAAUAAUUUGGAUAUGGCUUGCAUAUUGCUAGUUAUGUACUGUCCAUGUGUGUCAUUUCUGGUAUCUUGGCCUAGUCUCCAGUCUUGUUUUCAUUGCUGGCCCCAGGCAGUUGUUGGGAUUUUUGAUAUCUUGGCACUAUCUGAGUUUGGAGCUUCGGGUUUGAGUGUUAAGAAAUUAUGCAGUCUCUUGAAUCGAGACCCAUAGGCUGAAAUAUCCUUGUGUCUGAUGUCAAAACUGUGGUGUGAAAGAAAUAUCAUUUGGAUCCUGUUUGGUAACAUUUCAAAACUGGCAGUGGAGCUUGAAACCAAAGAAAGUAAUAAAGCCAAGAUGGAGAAAAAAGGACCAAUUACAUGUAGAUUGAAAGACUUCUGAGUUUCACAUGAGGUUUGAAACUCAUAAUCCAGAGAAGUUUGACCCACUUGUGCCCUGUUCUCCCUCUCCAGUUAUCUCCAGCCUGCCAAUCUCCUGGCCAAACCCAGCGUCGGGCUUGAUGUGCACCAUAUUCUGGGUCGUGUCGGGGCCAGUCCCAGGCUGGUAGAGGAAUAAACAGUUUAGUGUUGGCACGGCAAGUGGAUAGUUUCACAGGAAUCUGCAUUAAGCAGAUAUCUGGCCCUCAGCUUAGAUUAUCCCGUCAGCAAAGCGGGGAGUCUGUUUUUGAAGACAUGUGACUCAAUGAAUCAUGCCCAGAGUCACUGCAGGCAGAUGUGCAUACCUGCCCAUCUCCACAUUUUUUUGAGCACGCACAUAAAGUCUGAGCAAUCUGUGAAGGCAGGUUGUGUGUUGAUCUUGAAUCUGACUGCUGUACUUGGCCCGUUGUAGCACAUAUUAUCCAGUGGCAGUGCCCUUGAGUGUUGCCGUUCGAAGUUGAGAAACACAGUGUUGUAUAAGUAUUGUUGAAAUGACUUGUUAGAAUCUGGAUUUUAGGUGUUUAUCAUAUGGUGAAAGUUGGCCCAUGUAUCUUGGCAUUUCUGUGAGACUCGAAAUUUCUGCCAAUAUCUUACAAGCUGUUCAGAGGGUGAAAAGAAAUUACUGCCCGUCAUAGUAGCAGUCAACAAUUAUGUCUGUCAGAAUUGUUGACUGCUACUAUGACGGGCAGUAAUUUCUUCGUGUGUGCUCAUUGGGCAUGAAUUACAUCAUUGCCGCGUAACGUUUGAUAAGUGCUCAGUUUUUGUUUCGGACAUGAUAAGAUAGAGUAAAGAUCUGGCAGUACAGUUCACAUCUGAUUAGCUGACUGCAAUCGGCCUUUCUUGGUUUUGGUGUACAAGAUACUAAAGUUUCUAAAGUGUGGAAGUAUAAAAUGUCUUUAACCCUAACUACCUAGGAUAUGUGCGAAAUUAUAUUAAAAUUGGAGGGUUCAGGACUGAUAGGGUUAAAAAGGAAAAAGAAGACAUCUGGGUCAUUCAUUGAGGAGGUCAGACUGUAAGUUAUAACAAUUCUAUUAAAGUUUGUUUUCAUCUGAGAUGACUACUCUCUCCGGUUUUUCCUCUGUCAUCUUUUUUUUUCAUUUUCAAAUGGUCACUGAGAAAUAAAUGUUGACUUAAUUUUGUGGAGACUUAUUCUGAGGUGUAGUCCUUCAAAGAAGAACUGAUGAGUUUAGAACAUGUUAGAAAUUUUUCAAUUCUUUGUCGUCUUCACAGA